GCGCAGCCCCGAGCGCAGAGCCCCGGGACACCCCGGGACCCCUCCGGCAGCCCCGGGACCCCUCCGGCAGCCCCGGGACCCCUCCGGCAGCCCCCAGAGCCAUGGAAUCGGUGGCCCUGUACAGCUUCCAGGCGACGGAGAAGGAUGAGCUGCCCUUCCAGAAAGGGGACACGCUGAAGAUCCUCAACAUGGAAGAUGACCAGAACUGGUACAAGGCUGAGCUGUUCGGCUGCGAGGGCUUUGUCCCCAAAAACUACAUCAAGGUCAAGCCACACCCGUGGUACGCGGGCAGGAUCUCCCGGAGCCUGGCAGAGGAGCGGCUGCUCCAGCGCAAUCACCUGGGAGCCUUCCUGAUCCGCGACAGCGAGAGCGCCCCGGGAGAGUUCUCCCUCUCCGUCAGCUACGGGAAGCGAGUCCAGCACUUCAAGGUGCUCAGGGAGAGGAACGGCAAAUAUUUCCUCUGGGAGGAAAAGUUCAACUCCCUCAACGAGCUGGUGGAAUUCUACAGGACCACCACGAUCGCCAAAGAGCAGCAGCUUUUCCUGUGCGACGAGAACCACACCCAGGAGGUGAAGAGACCCCGAUUCGUGCAAGCCCAGUUCAACUUCCCAGCCCAGGAGGGCUCCCAGCUGCCCUUCCUGCGUGGGGACAUCAUCGAGGUGCUGGACUGCCCCGACCCCAACUGGUGGCAGGGGAAGAUGUACGGGCGCGUCGGGCUCUUCCCCCGGAGCUACGUCCAACCCCUCCGCAAGUGACCUCAGCAGGGUGACCGGGCAGGACCCGGCCCAUUGUCCCCACCCACGCACACGGCCCGAGUGUCCCUUCGUCGCAGGAUGGUGCCUGUCACGCCCUGUGACACGCUGGAGCCUCAGCCCAGGGAUGGGGCUCACAGCGCUGCUCCCCCAGGGGGGAGUGUGGAGCGUUCAACCACGGCCAGAAAAACUUUCCCAGAGCCAGAACUCAGUGGGAUGGCAGCAACAGAGGGAGUGAGCCCCAAACCCCAAAGCUUGGCUCCUCUCCAAUCCCAGAAGCAAAGCCCCAGCUCCAGGGAGGGCUGCAGGCAGCCAGGACACAACAUCCAGAACUCCAUGGAGGGAUUGCAGGACUCAGGGUACCAGGGAAGGCUGGUCCAGGGGGAUCCCAUCCUGCAGGUGCUGUUCAUGGCUGCAAAUUGUGGAGCUUUUUUAUAUUAUUUUUUUAUUUAGGGCCAGUAAAA